AUGGCCGUGCGGGCACCAAGCCACAACCUCAGGGUUUGGUUAACUCCCAAUCAGGCUAGCAGUCAGGUUUCUUGCUACGAACGAAUAUGGGAGUCUGAAGCAAUACUUGACAACUCGGCGCGCACAAACCUCAAUUGUCAACUCUCUCGCUUUCUGGAAACAAUUCCAGACAAACUGGCACGUCGCGAGGGAGACGAACUAACGCGCCACAUCAUAGAUCCAUACCUUUACCCUCUCAUUUAUGGUCGGACGCUUGCAUACGACUCAGCUAGGGAAGGAUUUCUUCGUCCUGAGCUAUUACCCAGCAUUACAGACGCGACCGACACAGAUUUCCUCUCGCAAGAGUUUGCAUGUUUACCAUGCGACUUCCUUAUCUCUCAGGACGGCACAGCGAAGGCUCUGUCAUACAUAAAUAAUCUCCACCCUUGCUACUCUGCGCUCUAUCGCCACUUCGAGGAGUUGAUCUCGAAGUGCGUUCCCAUGUUCGAGCACGUCCUCACAGACUUGCAUGGGGACAACCCAAACAGAGAACGAAUCCAGGGUCCAUCUUCAUCGGCGGAGUGGGAAGAGCCAGAGCCUCCAGAUUUCUCGCGCGACUUCGUGGAUUGGUCUGCGUAUGAGAGCAAGAAGCGCCAGUGGAUCAUGCGCCGGUCAGUUGUGCCUGAUGUCCCGAUCACCGGUUACCCAGGUGGGCUUGAAGAGCGCCGAACUUUUGUACAACUCAGGGGGAAGACACUCCAAGUCGUACUUGACGUGUACGAUAUUUGCAUCAAACCAGGUGGCCCUGCCUUUCAGGGCUCUCUAUGGCGCGUCGAGGGCAUGAAGAACGAAAGCAUUGCAGCUUGCGUCCUUUAUAAUUCGUCAAGCGAGAAUAUCACGGGUAACUCGAUCGAAUUUCGUAUGGCUGUUAAGACACCGCCUGCAUUUCCCAAGAAAGGCUACCAGGACAUAACAAUCAAGACUUGGGGUUUACAGACGGGAGAUCCUUGCCACCAGUACAUUGGCUCCGUCCCAAUUCGCCAGGGUUUAUGCAUCGCGUUUCCUAAUAUCUAUCAAUAUCGCCUCACACCAUUCUCAUUGGUCGAUCCAUCAAAGGAGGGGCAUCAGCGCAUUAUCGGGUUGUACUUGGUUGAUCCAAGCAUUGCUCCGCUGGCGUCCACGCAAAGAGUCCCGCCACAACAAAAGGCGUGGUCGAGGUUAGGUCUCGAGAAGGGGACUCGCGGAAUUUUUGCAGUGGAACUUGUUGAUAAAGUGCUUAAUGAAGUGGAUGGAGUCUUGGAUAUGGAUGAAGCGGUGGAAUGUAGAGAAAGGAUGGUGAGGGAACGAACCAGGUUGUUGGUGCUGAAUGAUAUUCAGCACUUCAAUUUCCCAUACAACAGCAGGAGUCAAUAAUGUCUGCUGAGGGGGGUGCCGCAUUCAUCUAUGAUUGUCAGUAUGCUCUUUCUCUUCUAUAUAUCCGUCAUUAGAAGU